ACAGCGGCGGGUAGCGAUAUCACUUACCAAGCCAGAUUAACAUAGUAAGCCACCAACCGAAAAAACACAGCAAGUCGAAUAAUAUGGCAUCACAACAACCUGUCGUCCGGGUCGGCGUCGCGGCGAUCAUUAGUGAUGCGGAGGGGAAGAUGUUGGUGGGAGUGAGAAAAGGGUCCCAUGGAUCGGGAACGUUGCAAUUUCCCGGUGGCCAUCUCGAAGUCGGCGAGGACUACUUGGAAUGCGCCGAGAGAGAGACGCUUGAAGAGACGGGCCUGAAGGUUAAAGCCGAGAAAGCUUUGGCCUUCACCAACGAUAUCUUUGAUGCGGAGAAGAAGCACUACAUCACUAUCUUUGUUUCCUGCCGGAGGGAUGAUGAACAGAAGCAGCCUGUGGUAAUGGAGCCGGAGAAGUGCGAGAGCUGGACGUGGAGAAGUGAGGCUGAGCUGAGAGAGUUCAUGGUCACUGAGGAGGGGAAGCAGCGGCUCUUUUUGCCCAUUGUCAACUUGUUCAACGAUCGCUUGUUCAAGGAGUAUGGCAGUCUGACGGCUUCGCUUUGAGAGGGUCCAUGGCUGAAAAGUCACAUAUCCGACUGCAGCGCAUUGUUCCUUCGAUACAGCAAUAUGCAGUUCGCCAUGAUGAGAAACAGCUAGCUCGUGUUGUGUUUACAUCCGAGUGGUAGUCAUGGCCAGAAAAAAAGGGGGAGGGACCGUGCGCAUAGUGUUCAUGACAUCAAGCGUUGGCGCAGAUCCAGUGUUUGAGCGAA